UCUCCUGUUAGUGUUGAUAUUGUUCAUUUACUAGCUCCGCUCUCCCCACCCUCACCUAAAAAAAGCACAUUAAUUUUAUUGAGUUGUUGAAGACGUAAAGAUGUUUUUUUAUAGGGAUCACUGGAGCUUCUUAAUAGAAUGGUAGACUUGAACAUAUUAUUAUGCUUUGGAUUUCAUUCCCUUAGGGUGAACCCUUUAUUUAUUUGUAUUUGAUUUACGUAUUUGUUUGAGAUGAAUUCAACCAUACCAACAUCAAUCCACACCCAUUAAGAUUUAACUUGGCGGUGUAUGGGACAGCAGGCUUUAAACUUGAGAUGUGUUGCGACUGGGACGCACCCCAACAGUACUGUCCGUCUGUAAAUAUUUAUUUCUAUAUAUAUAUAUAUAUAUAUAUAUAUAUUGCAUACAUGAAGACCUCGCAAAGUUUUAAUUCUGCUGGCCAAGGCUUUUGUCCAAGGAUGAAACUGAGUCUGGGGAUUGAUGCUGCUGCUGCUGCUGCUGCCACUGCUGCCUCGGGCUGCAGCCCUGCCCCUGCAGGCGGUCAUCAGACUAUUGGUGCUGCUACUGCAUUCACUCACGCCUGCUCGGUUGCUUCAACUCCACCAACUUCCCAUCUUCAACUCCAUCAAGGCUCCACUGCCUCUUCCUCUUCACCUUCUCCUUCCCACUGCCCACCCACAUUGCAUUUUCAUUUAAUGGCGGACUCUUCGGACAUCACCCAAUCUGUAUAAGAUUUGGCAUAAUUAGUAUGGAUCCAGAAGCAGGCAGGUGUCGAAGAACAGACGGGAAGAAAUGGAGGUGUAGCAAGGGUGUGGUUCUGGGGCAGAAGUACUGUGAGCGGCACAUGCACAGGGGACGAGGCCAAGGCCGUAAGCGUUCAAUAAAGCCUGUGGAAGCUUCUGAGGUUGCUUCCCCUUCAGCUGGUAUAAUGGCAACCAUCAAUAAUUCAAAUGCUGAUAAUUCAAACAGCAAUGUCUCCAUUUCAGUCUCUUCAAUUCUCCAACUCAACACCUUUUCUUCAAAUCGUACCAGCCAUAAGGACACCAUCACUGGCACCCGGAGCAAGUACAAUGAGAGUUGCAAUAAUUUAAUCAUGUCUACUGCAGCUGCUGCCUCCACGGCCAUCACCGUAGCCCCUGCCAUGACCACCAUGGCCACCACCAACAAUAGCAGCAAGAGGAAGAAGGCUUUUAGCAAGGACUAUUUUGAUGGGAACAGUAUUAUUCUUGGCCAUGGUGUUGAUAGAAGCAGCAGCAACGGAAGCAGCACGAAUAUUGUUGGCAGAAAGUUAUCUACAAAAUUGAGGUUCUCUCCCAAGAGUGUCCUUCAAGAUAGUAUCGCUGUAGGCUGCAGCAGUUUGUGCUUUGAUUACAGAAGCAACACAGAAUCUGAACCAUGGAGAUGCAGAAGAACUGAUGGGAAGAAAUGGAGGUGCAGCAGGGAUGCUAUUGCUCAUCAGAGGUAUUGUGCACAGCACAUGCACAGAGGUGCAAAAAAGCACAAGGAAUCUUAGUACUUGCCAUUGCUGAAUCUGCUGGCAACACGGGCUGUGUUCAUCAUCCCCCACCUUCUCCAGCCAAACCCAGAAAAUUUUGUGGUCGUAUAAAAUUGAACGGCAAUCUCAGCAUGUCACUUGCAGGAAGGCCCACACCGACCUCCAGAGGUGAAAAAAGUACCAGGAGCAGCAGCGGCACCACCAUCUCCGCUACUUAUGACAUUGAAACCAGUAGUAUUUCUUCAUGAGAUGCUGCCAUAUGACUGACUGAUGAAGCUUGUGGUCAAUAGAUACUUCUUGUAGGGGCAACUUUUAGGUAUCCAUUUUUUUUAGCCCAAUUGUCAGUAUUCUGACAGUUUUAGAGUAGUCGUUUGGAGCAGAGGAAACAGGGGAUGCUAAGUCUGGUAAGAAAUAUAAUCAAUGAACUUUAUGGUAUAAGAUAUACUUGCUGUCCA